CAGCUGCAGCUGAGUCAGUAUGGCCUCAGGAAAGACCCCAACCCCAGCCCUGCUGAAGGCUGAGGAGCAGCAGACUGCAAGCGCUGUGGAUCGAGUCACCAGCCUGCCCUUGCUCAGCUCUGCCUUCAACCUGGUCUCCUCUGCCUACAGCCACACCAAGGAGUCCCACCCGUGCCUGGGGGGCGUCUGCAGCGUGGCUGAGACCGUGGCUGCCGUGGCCGUGGGCAGCGUGCUCGGGGGGGCCCAGCCCAUCCUGAGCCAGCUGGAGCCACAGAUUGCCCUUGUGAAUGAAUAUGCCUGUAAAGGUCUGGAUCAGCUGGAGGAGAACUUGCCCUUCCUGCAGCAGCCAGCAGACAAGGUAAUCUCGGACACCAAGCAGCUGGUGACCAGCAAGGUGACAUCAGCCAUGGAUGCUGCCUGUGAGGCCAAGGAAGCGGUGGCUGAUAAAGUCACUGAAGCUGUGGACCUCACUAAAAAUGUUGUUGGGGACAGUGUGAAGCUGACCAGGUCUGUGGUCACCUCCACUGUCAGCAGCGCUGUGGAGGCUGCCCAGGGGGCCAAGGAGCUGGUGACCAACAAGGUGACAGAGGCUGUGGAUGUCACCAAGCACAUGGUGGAGGACAGUGUUGACCUGACCAAGUCUGCAGUUGCUUCCACCAUUGUUAGUGCUGUGGAGGCUGCCCAGGGGGCCAAGGAGAUGGUGACAGACAAGGUGACCAAGGCAGUGGACCUCAGUAAACACAUGGUGGAGGACAGUGUUGACCUCACCAAAUCUGCUGUUGCCUCUACGAUUGUCAAUGCUGUGGAGGCUGCUCAGGGGGCCAAGGAGCUGGUGACCAACAAGGUGACAGAGGCUGUGGAUGUCACCAAGCACAUGGUGGAGGACAGCGUUGACAGGACCAAGUCUGCUGUGGCUUCCACCAUCACUGCUGCUGUGGGGGCUGCCCAGGGAGCCAAGGAGCUGGUGGCCAACAAGGUGACAGAUGCUGUGGACAAGGUCACCAAAGCUGUGGAUGUCACCAAGCACAUGGUGGAGGACAGUGUUGACCUGACCAAGUCUGCAGUUGCUUCCACCAUUGUUAGUGCUGUGGAGGCUGCCCAGGGGGCCAAGGAGAUGGUGACAGACAAGGUGACCAAGGCAGUGGACCUCAGUAAACACAUGGUGGAGGACAGUGUUGACCUCACCAAAUCUGCUGUUGCCUCUACGAUUGUCAAUGCUGUGGAGGCUGCUCAGGGGGCCAAGGAGCUGGUGACCAAUAAAGUGACAGAGGCUGUGGAUGUCACCAAGCACAUGGUGGAGGACAGCGUUGACAGGACCAAGUCUGCUGUGGCUUCCACCAUCACUGCAGCUGUGGGGGCUGCCCAGGGGGCCAAGGAGCUGGUGGCCAACAAGGUGACAGAGGCUGUGGACCUGACCAAGGGGGCUGUUCAGGACAGUGUUGAGAAGACCAAAUCUGUGGUCACCUCUACAGUCAGCACAGCUCUGGAUGCUGCCUAUGGCACCAUCACCAGCAAGAUCAACACAGCCCUGGAGCAGGGCAGGGAGGCUCUCCAGGAGGGUGUGGAGAUGACCAACUCAGUGGUGGCCAACAGCAUAAGCAAAGCCAAGGCAGUGAGCCAGGCAGUGGCUGGAGGUGUGGAAUCUGUCCUGGGAAUGUCAGAAGAUCUGGUGGAUCAUUACCUCCCGAUGACCGAGGAGGAGCUGGGUAAACUGGCCACCACGGUGCAGGGCUUUGGCGUGGCCUCGCUGGAGGAGCAGAGGAGGCAGCGCAGUUACUUCGUGCGCCUGGGCUCGCUGUCGGGCAGGCUGCGGCACCGAGCCCACCAGCACUCCCUGGCCAGGCUGCAGAGCCUCAGGCACAGCACCCAGGACACGCUGGCACGGCUGCAGCUGGCAAUACAACUGAUUGAAUCUGUCAAACAGGAGGUUGGCCAGAAGCUGCUGGAGGGGCAGGAGAAGCUCCAUCAGCUGUGGGUGGACUGGAGCCUGACGCAGCCCAAAGGAAACCAAGUCAGAACCGCGUGCCAGCCAGAGCAGGUGGAGCCCCGCACUCUGGCCAUGCUCAGGAUCAUCACCCAGCAGCUCCAGCCCGCCUACGAGAGCCUCCGGCUCCGCACCCACGGCCUCCCCUGCAGCAUCCAGGAUGCCGUGUCUCAGGCCACUCGACACAUCCACAAGCUCCACAGCUCCUUCUCCAGGGCCGUGUCCUUCCAGGACCUGUCCGGAACCACCCUGGCCCGCUGCCAGGACCGUGUGGCAGAGGCCCGGAGGUCUCUCGAUGUCCUCCUGGAGUAUGUCACUCACAACACCCCCCUGAACUGGGUUGUGGGGCCCUUCAGGGCCAUGGCCAAGGGGGCACAGGAGAGCAGAAAGCAGGAGAAGAAAGAGAUGAGGAGUGAUAGAAAAUUGGAAAAGGCUCCACUAUCACAGGAGGUGACUAAGGCACCUGAAGAGCCAAAGGGAGCCAACAGGCUCUCAGAGAAAUGGUGUGAGGUGCUAGACAAGCUGGAGGAGCAGGUGGGGAAGCCAGAGGAGAAGGAAAGGAAGGACACAGAGGUGGCCCUGGCUGCAAAGGCGAUAGAAACCAGUGCACCAGAGGAAGAUCUCUGAUAGAUUCCAGCUCUUCUGGCCAAGGCUACUUGGCUAAAACAGCACUGGAGCUUCUAAUUUUGUGCCCACUUGUGCCACAAGUGCCUCUGCUCUCUGAAUUUACAGUCAGAUGUAAUUGUAAGGAGAUUUGAUCACCAAGGUGGGGAGGUUCUGAAUCUUGAUUUACUGUUUUUAAAUCCAACUGCUGUGCUGAAAGGGGAGAUGGGACCUGCACUUCAGCUUUCUAACUCAGCCCAGCUGUAGCUGUGAGUGCCUAAAUCUCACCUAAACAAGUUGUGGGAGAGAAGUGAUCUCCAUUUAUUUUUAAUGCUGGAUUUGUUUUUAAUUCACCCAAAUGCUGUGCUUGACCUUUGACACCAUCUCCUGCCUUCUCCAAGUUAAAAAUACAAGUUUAAAAACACAACUUCCUUUGUGCCUGUUGUGCUUCCGGGGAGGCUCGGCCCUGCAGCACAUCUGGCACAGCUGGGGACAAGGAGCUGCUUCUCAAGAAGAGAAUUCUCUUCAUGGAUCAGCCAAACACUUUUCCUUCACUCUGCAGUGGCCUUUUCUUUAACCAUCUUUCCUAGUUCUGUGAAUGACUUCAAGGAUUGUCUGAGAGUAACUCCAUGUGUAAAACACUUCACAGCCAUUAAAUGAGGCAGCUUUUCCCAGGGGUUACUCUGCCAUGGGAUUAGGAUAUCCUGUUAUUAAAAUAGGGGGAAUUUUAAUCCAGGUGCUGGUUCUUUCCUAGAAAACACUACUUUGUAAUAAUUUCUAAUGUAACUUAUUUUGGUAACUGUUCCUGGCAUUGUCCUGUGCCAGGGCUGGUGAGCAGACACUGGAAUAAAGCGUGACCUGUGUU